AUGGCUUCCAGACUCUUCCGACCAGCCGUCGCCCUGCGACCAUCAGCUGCCUCCACGCCCAUGCUUCGACGGAGCUUCGCCGUGUCAUCAGUCAACCGCAUAAAGGAGUCCUCAGGCGACGUCAAAGACUACGAGAAGCACAAGCAGGACUCGUUGUCCAAGCAGAAGGACGGCAAGGGCCACUGGAAGCCCGAGCUGGCAUCGGACGGCGAGGAGGCCGUCAAGGCCGACCGCACUCCUCACGAGGACAUCUCCAAGCUGCAGGAGCGCACCAAGAAGCACGCCGAGGAGAAGAGCAAGAGCGGCACCAGCGGGACAGACCCCAUAAUAACAGAAAACACCGACUCUUCAUCUCUUCUCCUCUCUUCUUUCCUCCUUUUGGACCUCUGGACCAAACUCGACCAACAAGGCCUCGAGGAGCGACAACUCCUGUCUGAGGAAGGCUGGGAGUGCGAGGGAGGGGUUCAACUGCCGAAUGGGCCGGCCAUUGCUAACGCUUGA